AUGGGCACCUCGAUCAUAGAGUUACAGCGCCAGAUCAUUUUGGAAAACAUUCGAGCCAUAAGCGCGGAUGACUGGAAAGUCCUGGUCUUGGACGAGAGGAGCAGGAAACUGGUCACAAAUGUCACCAAGGAGGACGACAUCCUCAAUGCCAAUAUCAUCAACAUAGAGAAUCUCGAGGACCGACGGCAGACCCAGUCCACCACCGAUGCUAUAUACCUACUUUCGCCCUUACCGCACGUUGUCGAAGCCUUGAAGGCUGACUUGAAUCGCAAGCGAUAUCGCAAAGGCUUUCUCGUCUGGACCUCCCACCUCCCCAGGCCGCUUCACGAUGAGAUAUUUCGCUCCGAGUCUCGACAGCGGCUGGUCGCAGACUCGAGGAGUAUGGACAUUGAUUAUUAUCCACGCGAGUCGCAUAUGGUCACGUUCCGCGAACCGUGGAGCUUUCAUGCGCUGUUCCAUCCCGCAUGCGACACGCUAGUGAAGAACCACUUGGAUUCUCUCACGGCCAAGAUCGUCUCUGUCUGUGUGUCUCUGGGAGAAUAUCCGAUCGUCAAGUACUUUCGGCCAAAGAAACCUCGCCACGAGGCAUCAGUAUUAUGCUCGCAUCUUGCCUCAUUCGUUCAAGGAGCGCUGGACAAUUAUGCCGGGGCACAUCGUGAUCGCUUUCCUCCUCCAUCUACACGGCCAAGAGGCUACCUGUUCAUCACGGACCGUUCAAUGGACCUGAUGGCACCGCUUGUGCACGAGUUGACAUAUCAGGCCAUGGCCAUGGACGUCCUACCCGUACAAGACGACGACGAGAAAGUCACUUAUCGCAACACAAUAAAAAGGGGUCAGCCAGAUCAGGAGGAGAAGGACAUCGAAUUGAACGAGGGCGACAAGCUAUGGGUCGAGCAUAGACAUAUGCAUAUGAAGGAUCUGUUGGUGCAACUUAGUGAGGCAUUCAAGAGAUUCCAGGCCAAGAACCCACAAUUUGCCGACAACGACGGCGCCAAAGUCAGCGUCAACACCAUUAAGGAUAUGUUGGCUGGGCUGCCGGAAUUUCAGGAAGGCAAAGAAGCGUUUUCAUUACACAUCGACAUGGCUGAGCGGUGCGCGAAGCUCUUCCAGGACCACAAACUUCUGGAUUUGACCUCGGUGGAGCAGUCCCUGGCCACGGGCAUGGAUGAAGACAACAAGAAGCCUCGCAACCUAGCGGAUCAGCUUGUGCGGUUGCUAGAUGACGAUAGCAUUGUACAUGAGGACAGAUUGCGAUUGCUAAUCAUGUACGUCGUUUAUCGGAAUGGCAUCCUAGGUGGAGACAUCGAAAAAUUGCGAUGUCAUGGUCAGCUAUCGCCAAUGGAUGGUGAGAUUCUCUAUAAUCUGGAGAUGCUGGGAGCGAGGACACAGCGCCAGCUCAAAGAUGAGUCACCUAUCCCGCCGCCGCUCUUCCCUCCCAGGAUGUCCAAUAAUGUUGGAUUGGAAGAGGUCAGCUUAUCUCGAUUCGAACCCGCACUUCGAUACAUGCUCGAGGAGCAAUGUCAAGGCACUCUUGAUCCAGCACUCUUUCCUCCAGUGAAGCCACACCUAGAUGCCCAGAAUCCAGCAGGAGCUAUGUCGCAAACUUCGUUACGAAACGCCGGCAAGCCGACUUGGGCUUCCAGCCGAGCACAGUCGAACAAGCCACGUCAGAGGCUGAUAGUCUUCAUGGCUGGUGGAGCCACAUACUCGGAAGCUCGAGCUUGCUACGAGGUGUCCCACCAGUUCGGCAAGGACGUUAUUCUUGCCACAACGCAUAUGCAAACACCCAAGACAUAUCUUCGGCAAGUCAGUCUUCUGAGCGCUGGUAGGAAACAGCUCAAUCUUCCGCAAGAUCGUGCUCGUCCUCAGAUGCCCGCAUGGAUGUCGGACAAGCCGCCUGAAGAGCUGGCACCAAAGCCGCCGCAACAUAGCCAGUCAGCACAACAUUCACAGGGUCAUCUACCCUCGAGACCACAGCCAGGUGCGAAUGGUCGACCUCCGGACGGUCGUGUACCGCCGACAGAAGCCAUGUCGAAGAUGAGUCUGGGCAGCCAAUCUUCGGGUGGCGCGCCCAGACCGAACAAUGUUCCGGCCAAGCAGAUCCCCAAGAGCACCUUCCAGCCGCCAGAAGAGAGCAGUGGAAAGCUAAAAAAGGAGAAGAAGGAGAAGCAUGGCCUUUUCCAUCGGAAGGACAAGAAGUAG